AGGGAAUGAAUGCGAGCCUUUCUGACGGACGUACGGCGCGGAGGGCCGCCAUGACCCCUGCGGUGACCCCGAAGAAGAGACCCCUACCUCCGGCUGACUGCUAACUAUUGGUGGGUGUGCAGCAUCUACAGGAUGAUUGGCAGCUGCACCUUUUGAACCCCAGGAUGCCUGUAGUGCCAGUGGGCGGGGCAUCCUCCUCCCACCACGUCGUACCUGUCGCCCUCAUCUGCUCCUGGCUGCUCCUGCUCCUCCACGCCGCCUUUGGUCAGAAACCCGCCAGGCUGCCCUUGAUUGGCCGGAAGCCCUUCAUCGCCGCCUGGAACGCCCCGCUGGACAUGUGCAAAAUCAAGUACAACAUCACCACCAACGUCGAGCGCCUCUUCCACAUCCACGGGAGCCCACGUGCUGAUUGGACAGGCCAGAAUGUCACCAUCUUUUACGCCAACCGGCUGGGCUACUACCCACACUACACGCCGCAGGGUGUGGCCGUGCACGGCGGCCUGCCGCAGAACUGCAGCCUGGACCUGCACCUGUUCAAGGCCUACCAGGACAUCAACCACUUUAUCCCCGCGGAGGACUUUCGCGGCCUGGCCGUCAUCGACUGGGAGUUCUGGCGGCCUCAGUGGAGCCGUAACUGGCACAAGAAAGACAUCUAUCGGCGCAAGUCGAGGGAGCUGACCGCCAAGGCGUAUGUCAACGUGACGGAGGCGCAGGUGGAGGAGCUGGCACGCCGGCGGUUUGAGAAGAGCGCCAAGGCAUUCAUGCAGAGGACUAUCCAGCUCGGGAUCCGCCUUCGCCCCAACACCCUCUGGGGUUUCUACCUCUACCCCGACUGCCACAACUACAACCUUCAUGAGCAGAACUACACGGGGUUCUGCCCCCUUCUGGAGAGGCUGAGGAAUGACGAGCUGCUGUGGCUGUGGAACAGCAGCACGGCGCUCUUCCCCUCUGUGGCCAUCAGGAAAACUCACAUCAACAGCGUCAGCAACCUGCACUUCUCCCAGCACAGAAUCCGAGAGUCGCUCCGCGUCGCCUCGCUUACCUCCAAGGAGUACGACCUCCCGACCUACGUGUACCUGAGGCUGGGCUACCGAGAUGAGGCGCUGGCCUUCCUCACCUCAAAAGACUUGAUCCACACCAUCGGGGAGAGCGCUGCUCUGGGAGCUGCAGGAUUCGUCAUCUGGGGAGACCUGAACCUGACCUCGUCCAGGCAUAACUGUACCAAGGUGAAGUCCUUCCUGAAACACCGCCUGGGCCAGUACAUCACCAAUGUGACGAAAGCUGCCGAGGUCUGCAGCGACUUCCUGUGCCAGGGGAACGGCCGCUGCGUCCGCCGGGACCCCCUCGCCCACCACUACCUCCACUUGAGCGCCGACAGCUACCACAUCCAGCUCGCCGCCGACGGGGGCUUUGCCGUCACCGGGUGGCACUCGCAGCACGAGCUGCAGCUGCUGACCGAGAGGUUUCGCUGCCACUGCUACGAAGGCCACGAGGGCGAGCGCUGCGACAGCAUCAACAAAGUGCGGGAGGACGACGGGCCGUGGAGGGACGAGGAGGAGGACGAGCAGGAGAGGCGGAGGACGCAGUGGGAGGACGAGCAGGGCGAACGGUGGGAGGGAGGGGAGAGCGCGGCACCGCUGACCGGCUGCAGCCUUCACCUGAUGCUGCUCACGCUCCUGUUGAACUUAUCGUUGGUGAAGACGGUCGUAUGACGCACUCUGAGGAAAGCAGGAGUUAUCAGUCAGCACAGCUGUGCACAGAUGUUACUUUAACACAGACAGUGUUGUGUCUUUGAUUUGGCUGCUCCUUGACAUGUCCGGCGAUUCAAACAGGAGUCAUUAGUGGCUGGGUGAGACGAGGCCUGUGGCUGUGAGACGACUCAUAGACAUCACAUCUUACAUUGACAUGUUUCUUUGAUCGACACGACUAAACAUAUUAGUCAUGUUUAGCGCUCGAAGCAGCUUCUUCCACAGCCUGAAGCAAAAAGCAGCUAACACGAACACAAUAUCAGGAUAAAGUGUCAUCGUUUAGUCUUUAAAAUGUCCGAAGCAGUUCUUCAUCCUGCUUCUUCACAGUCCAUCAGGACCACAGUCCUGCGAGCAGUUCUGUGCUGUACUCAUGUACAAAGGUGCUUUGAGCUAAAGCUAACAUGCUGAUAUUAAGCAGGUACUGUAUGUUUGUACCAUUCAGACAUUUUCUACUGAGGCUGAAGGUAACAUCAUUAGUUUGUAGUUUGAUUAGCUGCAGAUAUUUGACCAUAGCCCAAAGUAUUGAACAAAUUUCUGUUUUGACCUGAUGGUGGCGCCAGACAGAAAAGUCAGGGGAUCCCAAAGUGACUCCAGUUUCUCCAGAAGUGUUCAUGAAUAUUCGAGUGAAAUUUAAUGGAAAUCUAUCCGACAGUUGAGACAUUUCACUCAAAACCUCAAACGUCACCAGAAUCCUCUGAAUGUUUGGAGAAAACGUCCACGAGCACGUUUUAAACUAACGGCGCUCAACGUGAAACAAAAACAGCCUUUUUUCUCCCACAGCUGCUGUGUUGGAGAGUAACACACCUCCUUCUGAAGGCGUGUGAUAGCACUUUACAUGACGCAGAGCUCUGGCAUGUCGGCAGAUGAUGGUUUGAUUACAGACAAAGCUCGAUCAGACUUCUGCAGCCGUGUGCGCUGCCUCAUCUGCCAACAACUGCAUCAGUUCUUCCAGGAAUGUUAAUUAGCAAACGUCGAUGCUGUUGGACUGAGUGACUUUCGGCAAAGAGAGGGUUCGACACGACGACCACACGGCGUCCCCGCAGAGCCGAGGAUCUGUCAGAGGGAUCACGUGCGGCUGAUCCCUACACAGCAGCCGAGCCUUUCAUCGGAAACCAAAGGGUGCUAAUGCUACCGCGCAGCCAUAUGUAGGAACGUAAUCACUAAUAUUUAACUCAUGGUCAGUGGUGUCUAUGAAGACAAGAGAAUUACUGUUAGUUUAUUCCUAAUGGCCUGAAACUUGUUUUUUUUCAACAAUAAGCUGGUAUCUUACUUGAUGUUUUAGACGAAGUGUAUAUUUUUUGUACUGUUCGCCAGGAGACGCCUCAUGUUUGAGCCUGCUUGGAUGUUGUAGGUGCUGUUGAUUUCAAAAUAUUACGUAUGUGUAUCUUUUCUAUCCGAGUAUUAGUGUAAGUGUAGAGGAUCAGGUUCAGGUGGUGGAGCGGGCGGCUUUGUCUCCGUCUCUGAAGCUGAUGGACGUCGCUGUGGGUCUGACCAAACACUGAGCGGGGUGUAAAAGCUGUCACAUACUGUAUCUGGAAACAUGACUCAGCGGCUCUCUGUGGUUCCUCAUCGUCUGACCAAAGCAAAGUUAAAAUGUAGAGCAGGAUGUUGGAGUGUUGGACUAUCAUCUCCUUCAAAAAUAUGACUGAAAGGCGACUUCAGACUGAACGCAGGUCAGAGGCCUUCGAGUCGAAUCAUUCGUACCUGACGUGAAACGAACCUGUCCUGGACCCAGACCUGAACAGAGCUCAGCUGUUCUUACUGUUGUUGACGCCUCCAGUCAGUUUGAAAUUCUUGGCCUGUCUCGUUCUCUGUCUUAAUUGGUUUCUACCUGGUCCAGUCUAAGUCUAAGACCAUUUUUCUGGCUCGUUCAGGAGCUUUCAACCUGGUGGUUGUUGGUGGUGGACCUGAGACCUGGUUCAGGUCAGGCCAUCCCAAAGUUAUCUGAGUUUCUCUAACUUUCCCUUUUACAGGAAGCUAAACAUGUAGCAUCUGUCACACUGAUCCUGGUUUAAACUGAACCAGAACUUUCAUCUCAAACAAGCUUCCAGGUGAAGGUCUGAAGAGUUUCACGUCACUCAUCGUGCUGCAGAAACUGUUUCCUGCACUGUGUUUUCUCUCAAGAUUGUAAACCACGUAUGCAACAAGGA